UAGCUCGAAUAAGUUGAUAUUCUAGCAAACGCGGUUUGAAACUUUCCAACAGAAAAACCUGCCAGCUUUUGCUUUCGUUUUCCCUCUCUCUCCAUCCAACCGCGUCUACACGCAUAGUUACAGGGAUUGGGAAGAUAAAUAAACUCCCAUAGAAGAUCAAAUCAGACGCCAAGUCCACGCAAAUACCUGAUUGUUCAGACUCUUCAGAGAGAGACCAGGUAAGCAACAGGCUGGUGAAGGAAACUGCGGACUUCCUGUUCUUUCUUAUGUUGAACAAGUUUUCUUCGUUUGGGCCUUUGAAUAACCAAAUUCAGUGAAGAAGUUAUCAAUAUAACCCUUCUAGCCUAUUUGGGUUUAUUGGGUCGAUCUCAGUUUGUCUUAAGGAUCGAUUCUCUUUGUGGGUUUUGAUUCAGAUACUGAAUGGUUUCGAGUGGCAUUUUGGUGGCAUUGCUUGUGAGUUUCCAAUUCAGGCAUUCUGGUAUAAGAUUCCAAGUUUUGGAAAGGGAACAGAGAGCGAGUAAGACAUGGGGAAUAAUUGUGUUGGAUCAAUGCUUCCGAAGGAUGGGUUGUUUCAAUCAGGUUCACGUCCAUAUUGGUUGCGGUUCCCCAAUAUGAUUUCAUAUGGUAACAAGGAAGCUAGUACUGAAGUGCCUUCUGCGGCUAAAGAGCCUGAGGCCCUCCAAUCUGUUCAAACCAAGGCUCCAGAAUUGGUGAUAAUAAUUAAAGAAGACAAGAAACCGUUAAAGUCCAUAAUACUGGGUUCAAAGACAGUGAAGGAAGAGGGCAAGCCAGCGAAACCCCCUAGGCCGGAGCCAGUACAGAGAGUAAUGAAAGAGCACAAACCAGUAGAGCCCAUGAACCUGACAAAGGCAUUCAAUGUCAAAAGGAUGCAAAGUGCAGGGCUUCAGGCAGAAUCCGUGUUGAGAACCAAAACUGGUCAUUUGAAGGAAUAUUACAAUUUGGGGAAGAAACUGGGACAUGGACAGUUUGGGACUACAUUCCUUUGUGUGGAGAAAGCAACCGGAAAGGAAUAUGCUUGCAAAUCCAUCGCGAAAAGGAAGUUGCUGACGCAAGAUGAUGUAGACGAUGUGAGAAGGGAAAUUGAGAUAAUGCAUCACCUGUCUGGUCACCCCAAUGUCAUCUCAAUAAAGGGUGCUUAUGAGGAUGCAAUUGCAGUUCAUGUUGUGAUGGAAUUGUGCACUGGGGGUGAGCUUUUCGACAGGAUUGUCAAGCGAGGGCAUUACACAGAGAGAAAGGCUGCUGCUCUUACAAGAACCAUGGCUAGUGUGAUAGAAGCCUGUCAUUCAUUGGGAGUCAUGCAUAGGGACCUCAAGCCCGAAAAUUUUCUUUUUGUUGAUAAGGAGGAGGAUUCACUUCUUAAGACUAUUGACUUUGGAUUAUCAAUCUUCUUCAAGCCAGGGGAAACUUUUACCAAUGUGGUUGGAAGUCCAUAUUAUGUUGCCCCUGAAGUUCUUCGCAAGCAUUAUGGUCCAGAAGCCGAUGUUUGGAGUGCUGGUGUGAUCAUUUACAUUCUCCUUAGUGGGGUGCCUCCAUUUUGGGGCGAAAGUGAGCAAGAAAUAUUUGAUGAGGUUUUGCAUGGAGAUCUUGACUUCUCAUCACAUCCAUGGCCUAAAAUCUCUGACAGUGCAAAAGAUUUAGUCAGGAAAAUGCUUGUACGAGACCCCAAAAAGCGGCUAACUGCUCAUGAAGUUCUCUGCCAUCCUUGGGUUCGAGAAAAGGGAGUGGCUCCUGACAAGCCUCUUGACCCUGCAGUCUUAAGUCGCUUGACGCAGUUUUCUGACAUGAACAAGCUCAAGAAAAUGGCUCUUCAAAUCAUUGCAGGGUGUCUGUCCGAAGAAGAAAUUGCCGGACUAAAGCAAUUGUUUAAAAUGCUUGAUACCGAUAACAGUGGUCAAAUUACUUUUGAAGAACUCAAGGCUGGGCUAAAAAGAUACCGUGCUGACCUUAAAGAGUCAGAGAUUUAUGAUCUUAUGCAGGCUGCAGACGUCGACAAUAGUGGCACUAUUGACUAUGGGGAGUUUCUUGCUGCAACAUUGCAUCUUGAUAAAGUUAAGAGGGAAGAUCAUCUUGUUGCUGCCUUUUCAUACUUUGACAAAGACAGCAGUGGGUACAUUACCCUAGAUGAGCUCCAACAAGCCUGUGAGGAGUUCGGAGUAGAGAACGCCCGCUUGGAAGAAUUGAUUCAAGAAAUCGACCAAAACAAUGACGGGCGCAUAGACUACAACGAGUUUGUGGCCAUGAUGCAGAAGGGAAGCGCCAAUUUGGGUCAGAAGGAAAUACAGAAUACUUUUAGCCCCACCGGAUUUAGGGAGGCUCUUUCAGUUUGCUGAAGUAUAUAUCAACUUCUAUUUGGUGCCAUGGGGUGGGGGGUUGGUUUGUAUUAACAAUUUCUAUUUUAGCUACUAUUUGAUAGAAUCAGAUGCUGUUGCUGGCUUCUUUAGGGUUCAACACGAAAUCUCAAUCAAUAGGUUAUGAUCUCUGUGUUGCAGUUGUAUCUAAGCAAACUGCAGAACAGAAAUGGACCGUUACCCUAUACUCUUUUAGCACAGAAAUGAAGCACAAGGACGUUAGUGGGCAUGUCUAUUUCCUAGCUCUUUCUGUACUUGACAACUUCAGAAACACUGCAUUGUUUGGUUGCACAGUAUAUACCAAUCGAGUGCUUCAUUCU